UUGAUUUCAUUCCUUUAGUCCCGGUCCCAUGGGCGAGUCCCGCGAUCGCUCCACAAGCCCGCGAGGGGUCAUUGACAAGGAUGCAUAUCAGGAGCUCGAUUCCCGCUGGCGAAGAGUGCGUGACCUGGAAUCGUCACUUGGGGAAGAUCUCCUCACUUCGACGGAGGACCCACGCUGCCAAGCACUCGCGGACGGCAAGGCUUUCCGGCUGGUAUGCGAUGCUGUGGACCAAGAGGCCUACCUAAUUCCGGGCCUCUUGAGCCUACAGGAACAGUGUGACUUGCUGAAUGCCUUACUCACUGACUGGGCUUUGCCGCCCCACCGCAGUAACCUUUGCCAGUCGUCCGAGGCAAGUUGGCUGAAAGAUGGCCUCAAGAAGUUUUGCGAAGAGAGCAUGGACCAAAGCAGUCUAUCUGUGAUCGAGCGGCUAAGAUGGGUCACCUUGGGCCAGCAAUACGAUUGGUCUUCCCGCAGCUACUUGUCAGAUGAGAGGCCCCUUCCUGAAUUAUUGGUUUCGUUCGCAUCCAGAGCCGUUGAACUCUUGCGUCUCGCUGGUGAAAUUCACUCCAUGCCUCGCUUCCAGGCGGCGAUUUGCAACCUUUACCAUGCUGCUCGGCGGCCCUCCGACCGCUUGGGGGGACACCGAGAUGAUGUGGAGGAGGAUGCCACCAGCCCAUUGGUGACGAUUUCCAUCGGGUUACCCUGUGUCUUCCUGCUUGGCAAGGACACUCGCACCUCGCGGCCGUUGCCUUUGCUGUUCACAGCGGGUUCCAUGCUGGUGCUGACGAAGCGCGCGCGUCAGGCCUUCCAUGGCGUGCCCAGCAUCUUUGUACCGCCCAAGCUGCAGCUCAAGGGCCGCUCCUUCCGCCCGGCCACGUCCCAGUCGUGGGACCCCAGGACCGUUGGGACUCACGGAGCCCGUGGAUGGCACCUCCCGGUGUUGUAAAGGAAAGUCGUCUUCCAAGGCUUCCAUGUGAUGUGUUCGUCAGAGUGCAAUAGCAGCUUACAACACGGAAUUGGCGCAAGGGGGGCAAGGUUCUCCAAGUCUCUCAUGGUCAAUUGUUUGGAUUGCAGAAGAAAACGGUCAGCUGGCUGAGCUCAGCCAACAAAUCUUACACAGCUCCCAGCCGUCGCAGGUUUGAUUGGGCUUACAGGCCUUGGUUGCAGGCUGGUGAAGAUGAGGAGGAGCUUCCAGAGCAUCUCCGCUACCUGGUGACACGAGCCAGGGUGAGCUUCAGCGUCCGCUCGGUCCGACCGGAGGAUGAAUCCGCCGACGGACGGUGUGCCGAAGAG